AUGAAGCCAUUUGUCCUCCGGCUGCUCCUCUGGGCCGUCAUCGUCGCCGCCGGUGUCUUUGCUCUUUACCUAACCGUUUCAUAUGCUGCGAUUCCGCUCCUUGUCUGGUUAUCUCCGACGUUGAAUCCGACCUUGUAUGAUCUGGGUUUAUAUGGUGCUUCACCUUCGCAGACAUAUAUAUCAAAUGGCUUGAGCUCCCCGCGGACGAGCAUCAUCAAAUAUCACCCGGAUUGUGAAAAGGGAUACACCUUCCUCAAUUAUAAUGGGGGUUCAGUGCCCGAUCCUGGUCCUGCGAUACUGGACAGCAAUAGUGAGCUUGUUUGGAAGGCGCAGAAUUUUGGUGUGACGACGAAUCUGAAAGUGCAGAGUUAUAUGGGUCAGCCCUACUUGACCUUUUGGUCUGGAAAGAAGGGUGGGACUAUGGGCAAAGGUGUCUAUCACAUGCUAGAUAGCUCGUACGAGAUCAAGCACACCGUUUCGGCAGUUGCGCCGGGACACGAGGUCGAAGGUGACCUGCACGAGUUCAAAAUCACCAAAGACAACACUGCACUGGUGACAUUCUACAACGUUACCCCGGCAGAUCUCUCCUCGUUGGGGAAAUGGAAGAACGGAUGGCUCACCGAUAGUGGUUUUCAGGAAAUCGAUAUUGCCACAGGCGAGCUGCUCUUUGAAUGGAAAGCCUCUGAGCAUUUCCAAGUCAACGAAACUUUCAUGACGCACCCGUUCGGCGGAUAUAUCAAAAGCAUUCCUUUCGAUUUCUUCCACAUCAACAGCGUCGACAAAGACUCCAAGGGCAACUACCUCGUCUCCUCACGCCAUACCCAUUCGGUCACCUGCAUCAGCCCAGAUGGCCAGAUCAUGUGGAUACUUGGCGGCCAACGUAAUCAAUUCAAAGACCUUUCAGGAGGUGACGCUCUCAACUUCCGGUGGCAGCACGAUGCCCGGUGGCUCAACGAGGAAGAAGGGAUCCUGACGCUUUUCGACAACAAGGAAGGAGGACCCUUACAUGUCGACGGCCCCUACAGCCGAGCGCUCAUGCUUCAACUGGACAUCGCCAGCAAGACUGUGACCCUCCUGCAUUCUUAUGUUUCGCAGUACCAGACACGGACACCUUCCCAAGGCUCGGCGCAAUACCUCCCCGACAGCAACCACAUGUUUGUGGGCUUUGGCCACUCGCCGGUCUUUAGUGAGUUUUUGCUGGACGGAACUCUGCUUUGCGAGGUCCAUUACGGCGCACAGUGGCUGCACGUUUUCGACACAGCAGUUUCGUACAGGGCUUUCAAAACAGCCGCCUGGGUUGGUAAGCCUCGGGAGCCGCCUGCAGCCAAGAUCUUGGACGACAUAAUCUAUGUCAGUUGGAAUGGAGCGACCGAGGUAGAAGCGUGGGUGUUGCAGGGGGGUGGCACGGGGGAACAUGAAGAGGAAUGGUCCGAUCUCGAUUUCAUUGAUAAGGAGUUCUAUGAAGAGAGCUUUGAUCUAUCACAACUAUCCCACUACUCUCGAUUCCGCGUGGGAGCCUUAGAUCGAGAAGGUCAGAUCUUGGGAUACUCCGAUGUCGCUCCACGAGAAAGCUCUGGCAGCUGGUGGGGUUUCCUUUUUGCAGUGUUUCUAUGGGGAGUGGCCUCCAAACUCGCCUGGAUGGGCUAUAAAUGGGUCUCCCAGCACAAGGGAGCCGGUAGAAGAGGCGUCUCGUGGGUGGUUUGGAAAAAGUCGUGA